AUGACAGCCGAGAGCCGGCUGCCUCCGGGCCCCCCGCCGCCGCCCCCGCCGCUGAAGGCGGACGCGGUGCCGCCGGGAGAGGAGGCGGCGGCGGCGGCGGCGGCGGCGCGGGGCGGGCGGCGGCGCCGCAAGCGUCCGGCGGAGCGGGGCAAGCCGCCCUACAGCUACAUCGCCCUCAUCGCCAUGGCCAUCGGGCAGGCGCCUGAGCGGCGACUGACGCUCGGCGGCAUCUACCGCUUCAUCACCGAGCGCUUCCCCUUCUACCGCGACAGCCCCCGCAAGUGGCAGAACAGCAUCCGCCACAACCUCACUCUCAAUGACUGUUUUGUCAAGGUGCCCCGGGAGCCCGGCCGCCCCGGCAAGGGCAACUACUGGACGCUGGACCCUCACGCCCGCGACAUGUUCGAGAGCGGGUCCUUCCUCCGCCGCAGAAAGCGUUUCAAGCGCAGCGAUCUCUCCACCUACCCGGCCUUCCUCGCCGAGCGCCCCGCCGCUCCGUGCCGCCUCCUCCCGCUGCCCGCCCCGCCGCCCCCCGCCGACCUGGCCCCGGCACCCGCCGCCGCCUCCUGCGCUUUCGCCGCCGCCUUCCCCGCGCAGGGCUGCGCCUCCGCCGCCCUGCCCCACGCCUACGGCCCGCUGCCCGCCGCUCCCGGGCCCUAUGCGCCCGCGGGCCCCGGGCCGCUGUACGCGCCGUCGGGGCGCAUCGUGCUGCCCGCCUCUCCGCCCGGCCCGGCCCCUCUCUACGGGCGCCGCUCCCCCGCGCCAUACCCGGCGCUGCCCCCCGCCUACGGCGCCGCAGGGCAGCUGGGUGCCGCCGAGCCCGCGCCGCGGCCCGGCACCUACCCUGGAGGCCCCGGCAGGUUCGUCCCGGCGCUCUGACCUGUCCCGGAGAGGCCCGACAGAGCGGACCACAGCCCGAGAGACGGCGGAGUGCGAGGGUGACCCGGCACGGCUGCU